CACCCACCCUCUCGUCGUGAUCCUGGAGCAGCUCGCGCCCGACGUCGGGGAGGGCAGCCAGCGGUGAGGCCGCGGGAAAGGAGGAUCGCGGCCGGGGCUCGGAGCUGGUGCACCUGAUGGUGCUCCUCGAGGAGUCGUUCGUCGCGUCCUCUCGUCCUGGACCUGGUGCAGGUCGUGCCCGUGCAGAGGGUCGCGUGUUGCGCCUGUCGGCCCUCGUGCUCGGCCGGGCUGAGCACCGCGUCGACGCCCUGGACAACACGAACGCUCGUCCGGGGCUCGGAGUUGCUGCGCCUGGCGCCGUGCCUGACGUCCGCGGUGUGUGCGUGUGUGAGAGUGCAUGGGCAUGUGCGCGUCACGCGCCCUACCGUUUUGAGCGUGCACACGCGUUGAACAGAAACUAAUAUCCGUUUGUGACCGCCUUUUCCAGGAGUAUGAUCUGUUAUGCCCACCACGCAGGAGUUCCACCCCUGCGGGGGUAGGCACCCCGCCGCUACCUCCCACAUCCCCAGAACCAGGCCAGGACGACGCUGUGCCUGAGGUAGACACGAUGCCCGUCGACGUUGUGCCUCAGGCAAACGCGGUGCCCGGUCCAGCCAACGAGCCAGCAGAUGAGGCAUGCGUGAGGGUCCCAACUGCGCCGGCCCCAGUUUUUGCUCCCACCGCCCGCGCUCCUGUGGCGCAAGCUGUGUGGCAAAUUUAUCAAUUCUUGCCGCCCGCCAACCCGGCACCCGUUGUUGCCAUGGUGAUGGGACACCAACAAGUGCCCUCUCCCAUCCAAAUUGUGAGUGUCGAAGUGACGAUUACUUGUAAGGUUCCCGGAAAUGACAGCCGCUCACUAAUGAUGUAUGGGUGAUUCUCAGAAUACGGGCCGUUUGAGAGUUCCCAAAAUUUUUAUUUUUUUUGGUCGAAUUUGCUAGGUUUUUUGGUCGCAAUGGUUUUAUUUGCCUUCAAAUAAGAUAUGUGUAAAGUGGCGAUAGUUCAAAUCACGUACUUCUAGUACAACGUUAAAAGACCAAAUUGUGGUCACGUUCAAUCAAUGAUGAAACUCAAAUAUUGCCUCCCGCACCUUUUAAUUGGUCUUUUGUUUGCUCCACAAGUGUGUUGUACACAUAUUUCACAUCCAGCCACCCCCAUUUUAUGCGUUUUAGUAUGACUAGAACAUUGCAAUAAAUAACUUGUUUUUCGCCCCGACACUGCUCCACAGAUGCCCAACUUUAUUAUGU